UUGACAAGCAUUUGUUGAGAUACUACUAUGUGGCUACCAUUAUCCUAGACUGUGAAAAAUAUAUGAUAGGGACCUGUGAAGAAACUAAAAAACAACAAAAAAAAAUUUAAGAUAGAAUAUAAUAUUCAAGUGCUAACGAGGGACAUGAAGAAGAGACCUGUGGGGAGCAGAGUCUUUGGGAGAACCUUAUGGAGAGAGAAGAUUGACUGACAAAUGAAGGCAUUUCAGAUAGGCAUUCCAAUGAGCCAUGGCUUUGGAGCAGGUAACAUCUAAAGGAACUGGCUUAAAUCCCAAUGCCAAAGUAUGGCAAGAAAUACCUCCAGGAAGUACUGAUGCCACACCAGUAACUCAUGGAACUGAAAGCUCUUGGCAUGAAACAGCAGCCACAUCAGGGGCUCAUCCUGAGGGUAAUAGAGAACUUGCAGAUGAUAUGUGUAAGGAAUAUGAAGUAAUGUAUUCAUCUUGUGAAACCACAAGAACUACUACAGGCAUUGAGGAAUCAACUGAUGGAAUGAUUUUGGGACCAGAAGAUCUGAGUUACCAAAUAUAUGAUGUUUCUGGAGAAAGCAACUCAGCAAUUUCUACAGAAGAACUAAAAGAGUGUUUGAAGAAACAAUUAGAAUUCUGUUUCUCACGAGAAAAUUUGUCAAAGGAUCUUUACCUGAUAUCUCAAAUGGACAGUGAUCAGUUCAUCCCAAUUUGGACAGUUGCCAACAUGGAAGAAAUAAAAAAACUGACCACAGACCCUGACCUAAUUCUUGAAGUGUUGAGAUCUUCUCCCAUGGUGCAAGUUGAUGAGAAGGGCGAGAAAGUGAGACCAAGUCAUAAGCGUUGUAUUGUAAUUCUUAGAGAGAUUCCUGAAACAACACCAGUAGAGGAAGUAAAAGCUUUGUUUAAAAAUGAAAACUGCCCCAAGGUGAUAAGCUGUGAAUUUGCACACAAUAGCAACUGGUAUAUCACUUUCCAGUCAGACACAGAUGCACAGCAGGCUUUUAAAUACUUAAGAGAAGAAGUUAAGACAUUUCAGGGCAAGCCAAUCAUGGCAAGGAUAAAAGCCAUCAAUACGUUUUUUGCUAAGAAUGGUUAUCGAUUAAUGGAUUCUAGUAUGUAUAGUCCUCCCAUUCAAACUCAAGCACAGUAUGCCUCACCGGUCUUUAUGCAGCCUGUAUAUAAUCCUCACCAACAGUACUCUGUUUAUAGUAUUGUGCCUCAGUCUUGGUCUCCAAAUCCCACACCUUACUUUGAAACACCACUGGCUCCUUUUCCCAAUGGUAGUUUUGUGAAUGGCUUUAAUUCACCAGGAUCUUAUAAAACAAAUGCUGCUGCUGCUGCUGCUGUGAAUAUGGGUCGACCAUUCCAAAAAAAUCGUGUGAAGCCUCAUUUUAGGUCAGGUGGUUCAGAACACUCAACAGAGGGCUCUGUGUCAUUGACGGAUGGACCAUUGAACAGAUCUGGUUCAAGGAACUUUCCAACUGAACGACAUAACCCUACAGUAACAGGGCACCAGGAGCAAAGCUACCUUCCAAAAGAGACUCCCACUUUGCAGAUGGAACAGAAUGGGGACUAUGGUAGGGGCAGGAGAACUCUCUUCAGAGGUCGAAGACGUCGGGAAGAUGAAAGGAUCCCAAGACCCCAUCCUUCAACAGCUGAAGCAAAGGCUCCAACACCAAAGUUUGACUUAUUAGCCUCAAAUUUUCCUCCUUUACCUGGAAGUUCAUCAAGAACGCCAGGUGAACUUGUUUUGGACAGUAGGAUGUCUGAUGUUGUUAAAGGUGUCUGCAAAGAAAAGGAUAAGGAAGAGUUGAGAGUUAGUUGCCCAGUGACUGCAGAGGAUGAACAGACAGACUGCACCUCUGCCCAGCAACUCAAUAUGAGCACCAGUCCUCCAUGUACAGCUGAGCUUUCUGCAUUAAGCACAACUCAGCAAGAAAAGGAUCUAAUAGAGGAUUCCACUGUUCAGAAAGAUGUUCCCAACCAGACAACUAUACCAGUUUCUUCCCCGAGUACUGCAAAGCCAUCGAGAACAAAUACUGCUUCACCGUGUAAUAGUAACAUAAGUGCAGCUGUAGCUGUGGCCCUACAGGAACCUCGGAAGCUAAGUUAUGCUGAAGUGUGCCAGAAGCCCCCUAAAGAGCCAUCUCCAGUUCUUGUGCAGCCACUGCGAGAACUUCGCUCCAAUGCAGUAUCUCCCACCAAAAAUGAAGAGAAUGGAGCUCCUGAGAAGUCCUUCGAGAAACAACAUGAGAAGCCAGAAGCAAGGGCUAGUAAGGAUUACUCUGGCUUCCGAGGCAAUGCCAUUCCUAGGGGAGCAGCUGGAAAAAUCAGGGAACAGAGACGCCAGUUUGGCCAUAGGGCUAUACCUCAGGGAGUGACUCGACGUAAUGGCAAAGAGCAAUACGUGCCACCCAGAUCACCAAAGUAAACAAAAACAAAAAAACUGUUCAGAAACUUCUCUCUCUUCCCAUUAAACUUGAGCCUGGCUAUAUUGAACUGUUUUGGAGGGGAGGGCGUGGCCAGGAAGGAAACAAGAGAAAGUACAUCCUUAAAUCAUUAUGGAUUUUGGAGUGGUGAGCUAUAGAAUCCCAAAAUUCAUCUCUAAAGCGAUUUUAAAAUGCUGGAGGAUUCCAAUCAGUAUAAAUAUAUAUAUAUAUAUAUGUAUACAUAUAUAAAAAUAUAAUUUUUCUAUUUUUGUUUUUGAUUUUAAUUUGCAGAGAUCUUCUGCCUGGAAUCAAUUUUGAGGGUUCAGAUUUAGCUUGGGAAAAAAACACAUUAUACAUCCUUCAGUAUAGGAGAUGAGGGAGUGAGAGAAAAUAUUUUUUGAAGAAACAUUUCUGUAAAAUUAGAAAUUACUUUUUUUAAUCUAUUUAAAGUUUGGCUUGGAGAAUGCCAUUUCUGCCUAUAUGGCCUUGUGUUGCAAAACAGAUCAGUGGCUGGGGUGACUGUUGUGGUGUGAGUGUGUGCAAGUAUGAUUGAAGCCAAAUCUGUUGUCAUGUUAGUAAAUGAUUUGAAAACUGAAUGUAAUACUUGAGUAGAUUUUUUUUUUUCCAGUUUGAAAUUUAGUCUGUCUGUUUGACCUUACUAAUAUUUCAUUCAACAAGCUGUUAAACUCUGAUUGUACUUGGGGAUGUGACUACCAAUCAGUUUGAUACUCAAGGAAAGAAUGGGGGUUAUUUGAAAAAUUAAAAUUUUGUGUUAUAUCUGAGUGGGUGGGUCAAAUGGAGCUCAGAGGUUUAAGCUGCCCUGUGAUUUUUCUUCCCCCCCUAAAAUAGGAAACGAUUUCUUUCUUUUGUUACUUUCUUCCUUACUCUGUUCUUUGACUACCCACCCCCAAAAGCAAAAUAACCAAUCACCUACAGAAUUGUAUGUUUCUAGUAGCCUGGCUCAGUCUAGUCAAAUCAUAUAACUGUUCUAAAUUUCUGACUUGAACGUUAAAGUAUUUUACUCUUCUGGUCAUGUAUUUAGAACUUUAGAUCCCAGAAUGAUAGGGCAGACUGACCCUACAGUAAUUUAUUUGUGUUAGUGUUAAAGAUGAAACAUUGUAGCUGACUCUUAAAGUGUUAAAUAGUAUAGAUGUAAAAAGAAAUUUCUUUUUAAAGUUUUAAUUUGGGGACAACUUUUUCUGUUUACAAUGUAUUUAUCACCUUCCUUCUUUCCCUUUCUCAAAAAAAAAAAAAAAAGCAGUUUGGAAUUCACAGAAACAGAACCAGCAAGUCACAAAAUUUUUGAGUUAAGGUUAGAAAGAUAGUUAAAAUUAACAUAAUUUCUCAGUGAAUAAAGUUGUAGCUCUCACAUUAAAUAGGCAAGUUUACAUGCUGGUGUUUAGAAAAUGGCUAAAAAAUUAAAAACCAUGUUGCAUUAAUCUGUUUUAAGUCAUACCAUUUUCAGAGUUCUAUGUAAGGUGGGGUUUUGUUUUCUUUUUAGGGAUAGUUUGUGAUAGUAAUAACUGUCCCUUAUGUUAGUGAAUUACAUAUGUACAAAUUGAAACUGUAAAUUGUGAACACUGGAAAGCACCAUUGUGACAUAGAGUAAACAUCUUAGUAAUAUAUUAAAAUGAAUGUAAAUGAGGGUUAAAAUUACAUUACUGUGAAACUCAUCUUCCAACUCUAAGUUAAGCUUUGGAGAUUUGUAUUAGUAGGUAACUGUUCAGAGCUUUGAAAACACCGCACAUUUCUGUACAAGCCAGAAUUAUCAUUUCUUUGUAACUUAUUAUUCAGCUUGGCAAUUGCUUUUGAUUUGGUGGAUUGAUAACAUGAUAUAAUAUAUUUAAGCAGUUUGAAACUAUUCAUUUCUACACACUAUUUUCUACUAAAUGAAACAUACAAUAAAACUACCUGUGCUGAAAUUUGGGGGAAGUUUAGGUCUUUAAAAAAAAAAAGUAUUAAUAAUCACUGACUACAUCUAUGAUAAAAGUGCUUAUUUUGGUUUACUUAGAUAAUGCUGCAGCUGGUGGAAAUGAUAAACGUUUAAAGUGUUAACACUCUGUGAAUGUAUUGGAUUUAAGAGAAUAAACAUUUUACAAAAAUCGCUUGGUAAGGAUUAUAAACUUAAUUAUUGCACUUAGAUGAAACAAUACUUUUUUUUCUUUUACAAUGUGUCACAGAAAUAGGCCUAUAUUACUUGUAUCCUUGUAUGACUUGCUGUUAGUCUACCCGACUUCUAAAAACUAAAUGUUCUAAUUGAUACACAAGAAAAGAGUUCUUCCUCAAGAAAGCAAGUGUGUUCUUGCUUUUUCCCAGAAGGUGUUAUUGAAAGUAGAAAUUUAAAGACAUGACCAUUUUUAAAUUUCAUAUUAAAUAUAAUGUUUUUCAGUUAAUUUGCCUCAUUACAGCUAAUAGUUCCCGUUUUGAUGGGAUGUAUAGGGAAGAAUAAUGUGUGGGUGUAUGUGUGUGUGUGUGUAUAUAUAUAUAUAAUAUAUAUAUUCACAAUAUGUAUUUAGCAUUUAUUUUAUUAUAUCAGAUUUAAGGUUUGUAUCUAAAUGAUGCCUAUGAGUUGUGUGAAACUGAUGGCUUUUUUGUCCAGCAUUACUCUGUAACUGAUGAGGGUCGGGCAUUCAUUGUAGUUUAACUAUUUAUUUGGUUCUUUAGAAGGAGGAAUUUAAAUGUCAAGUUUUUCUCUUCAUCCUUAUGACUUAACUUGUCCUUGGGUUGUUGGAGGGUAAAAGUAGAUACAAAUGAUCUUGAGUGUAUGGUUCAGUGAUCUUCUGCCAUACUUCUUAAAUGCAUGAGAACAAGAGUCACACAAGUUCAUCACCUUGCACUUCACAGAGAAGGUAUAUAGAUAGAGAUAUGGCAAAACUUGCCUCCAUUUUCUAUCCAGAUAAUUAAGGUUUUCAUGGUAUCUAGGCCUGUCUUUAACCUGAGUAAUUUCAUUUUUGCAAAUAUAGACACUGGCAUUCAAAGGAAUGAUCCAUCUAAAUUUUUUUCAACUGGAUUUUGGAAGAAGAUAAGCUCUUUAAGUGAUAUGGUUUUUUGUUCUUAUCUUGUGUGCUCAAUUUGCAUGUGAUCAAAUGACAUGCAGAUUUAUUUAUUUUUGGUUUCUAAAAUUAAGGUAGCUUGAAUAUUGUUGUACAUUCCUUUUUCUUUUUAAAUACCAGGUUGGCUUUGGAGAAAGCAUAAUGAUGGAGUAUUAGCAUCUGCUGGAGCAGAGACUAGUAUUUAAAAGUUACUGAACACUUUCUAUAGUUUUAUUAGUUAUGGCCUUAAAUAUUUAGUCUUUUGGCUUAAAUGUCCAUUGGUUUUACUUUGAUACAGUUGAACAGCACUGGGGUUAAGUCUGUUAUUUAUGUUGGCCAUGUAUAUUAACCAUAUUUUAAAAGUACUGUUUUGUUUUUACAGAAAAGGUAAAAUACGAAAGAGGAGUUUUUGUAAAUUCUUAACUACAAUGUAUGGUGUUCUUUCCUAAGUUUUUAUAUUUCCUUACAAUUUGGUGGCCAUUAAUUUAACUUUGGGCUUUUUGGUGUAUGCUAAUUUAGUUUGAGAUUUCAAGAAGAUACAUAGACAUUUCAGUCCUCAUUAAUUGAGGACAUUUUAAGAAGUUGAAAGAGAAUUUGUUUUCAAGUUGAGAGUGUAUUCUUUUUUAAAUUCCACCUAAUUAUUAAAUAGUUUCAAUUUUAUUUUUAAAAGCUGUGAAUUGUUGAGUAGACGGUUCCUGAAAGUACAAGUGAGAUACCAACAGGCUGUGUAUACAAUAAAAUGGUUUUAUUUUCAGUUUUGCAGCACAAAACACUGAUUAGUAUAAGAAACAAUCCACAUCAUUAUUGGGUUUUGGUUUUUGGUUUUUUGCCUGAUUCAGGUAUGAGUGAUAUCUCUUAAAUGUUCGGGGUUGGGAGUCAGAACCAGUUAUCUGGAUUCUCUUGUCCAUUGCUUAGGUUUGUUCUUGUUGUCAAAACUGCACUCCCCCCCCCCCCCGCCCCCCGCCAAUGGUGUGACACAUGCUCAUGCAUAUUAUGUUAAAAUGAGUACAUCGUUGUAUUUGUAUUUUUGUUUUCAACAUUGCCAAGGUGCUAUGGGAAAUUAACACAAAAUUAGAAAAAAUAAAAUUAUUAAAAAGCA